CCCGGAGGAGAAAAGUGAGAGAGAGAGAGCGAGAGCGACUUCUCUUGUCACAAACUUUCAUUUUGCAGUAAUUGAGAAGUUUUUAUGUGGACUUGGACUUAUUGAACCCAGAAGGUUUCGUUUCUUGUCGUCAUGGCGGAGUGUAUGGACGGUGAGCUUUCCCUGCUCAGUCUGGAGGACGAGCUGACCUGCAGCAUCUGUCUGUCUGCCUUUGACUGUCCGGUGACUAUCCCCUGUGGACACAACUUCUGCCAGAACUGUCUCCUGUCCUUCUGGACAGACACCUACAGCUGUCCUCAGUGCCGGUGCCACUUCCCCACCAAACCCGAGCUGAAGAAGAACACUGUCCUGGCAACUGUAGUCCACACCUUCAAGAUGAAACAGACCAGGGCUGAGGACAAGGUAGACGAGGUCCAAGUUGAGAAAAAAGCCUUCAUACAUUGUGAUACCUGUAUGGAGGCAGAAGCUUUUCAGACCUGCUUCACCUGCAUGGCCUCCUUCUGUGAGGAACACCUGAGACCUCACAGGGAGAACCCGAGAUUUCAUCUCCACCAGCUGAGUGAGUCAGUGAUCGACCUCUCUGAACACAUCUGUCCCGACCACCACAAGCUGUUGGAGCUCUUCUGCACCCAGCAUGACCGCUUAAUCUGCAGCCUCUGUCUCCAGCAAGCCCACAAAGGCUGCAACUUUACCACGACUGAGGAGCGGAGGAACGUCAAUGAGUUUGAUCUGAGAGCCAAGUUGGAUGUUCUGGAUGGAAAGAUCACCAAGAAUGAAAAUUGUGUAUCUCAGAUGAGGGACAUGCAGAACAAAUUAAAGGACUCGGCAACCAACAAGAAGAGUGCUUUGACUGCUGUGUAUCAGGAGAUGAAGGACAUGUUGGCCCAAGAUGAGCGUGAGGCUCUGAAUGUGGUGGAGAGUGAGCUGGAGAGCGGUCAGACAAAAAUCAGAGGAUUCAUGAAGAAGUUCACAGAUAACAUCGACAAAAUGAGCAAAGCCAAAGAUGAAAUCAGUAAUUUGCUAAGUCAGAGUCAAACCCUGACCUUCCUCGAGGCUGCAGUUGACCUGCCUGCAGCUGUAAAGUUUGAACCUUUUGUCCCUCGAGUCAACCUGGACUCCAAGAAAGUGACGGCAGUUCAGACCUCUGCUGUUGGCCUGAAGAAGCAUCUGACAGAGGUCUUUAAGCAACCGUUUGAGGCCCGACUACCACUACCAGAAGUUAACACUGGUAUCGUUCAAACUGGUGAAUUCACUGUCAACACUGACAGACAAACACCAAUGAUGCCAAGUGAAGGACCAGUUCCUCCCUUGGGAUAUUUUCGUUCUCAUUUACACCAUUUAGCACCUGACCGCCCAUGUGGUAUAUACAGUCUCUUUUCUACAAAGUAUACGUGUUUUAUUCUUGUUUUUUUUUCAACAGUGUUUUUUUUUUUGCCUACCCUUGUUUUAGAAUUUAUGGGACCUCCUGGACAUCCUAACUUUGUCCAUUUCCUCAUCCCUGGGAAUCAACCUAUGACCAGGCCAGGCCAAAAGAAAAAAGUUCAACAAGAACCUAAAAAGCCUCCGCAACCUCUCAGACAUAAUAAGAAUCAUGCCCGGUCCAUGGAGAACAUAAACUUAGACUUCAGCAAGCAACCUCUAAGAAGUCCAACUGCAGAGAAACCCAAACAGGAACUCAAAAAGAUGCCCAAAGAGGAACCCAAAGAGGAACUCAGAGAGACACCAGAAACUUCAGUUAUUCCUCCAAAUGUGGCAUGUGCUGAAAAAAGAAACGACCUGCUCAAAUACAGCACGGUACUCACUUUGGAUCCAAGAACUGCUCACAAACGCAUCAUACUGAGUGAGGGCUUCACAAAGGCAGAUGUGUCAGAUGAGCCUGCAGACUACCCCGACUGCCCGGAACGCUUCACCGUCUGCUCCCAGGUGCUCACCACCAAGGGUUUUUCGCGGGGGCGCCACUACUGGGAAGUGAAACUAAGCAGUAAUAACUUCCUUGGCAUCGGUUUAGCUUAUGGCAGCAUUGACCGCAAAGGUCCCACCAGCCGACUGGGCCGCAAUUGCCAGUCCUGGUGUAUCGAGUGGUUUAAUGUGCGACUCUCAGCUUGGCAUAACAGCACUGAGGUUGUCCUCCACAAUCCCAAUCCAAAACGCAUAGGCGUGCUGGUGGAUUGUGAGGAGGGAACAGCUACCUUCUACGGUGUGGCAGACAGGGCCUAUCCUUUCCAUUGCUUUGUCUUUCCCUUUACUGAGGCUGUGUUUCCAGCUUUCUGGAUAUUUUCAAGUGGAUCAUCCAUUUCUUUGUGCAAGCUGCAGCCAUAAUGGGAAUAUGCACCAAAA